AUGCCCUUGAGAGGGAAAGAAAGUCGUUCUAAGGAGAUUGUGAAAUCCCUCGUCCUGGAAAAAGUUAAUGUGGCAGUGGAAGAAGCUGGCGGGUACUUUGGAAGGGAUUGGGCAUGCUGGAUUGAGACAUUCUACUCAAUUUUGGUAAGAAGAGUUCCUGGGUCAAGCGGUCACCUUCACAAAACCGAAGACGGUGACUGGGAGUGGAGUGACGAUGAGAUGGAUGAAAAAAGCGAAGAAGGGAAGGCAGCUUUUUCUCAAGAAAAGUCACGAAGAGUAAAAGAAGAAAAUCCAGAGAUUGCGGUGAAUGCCAGCAAUAUCCCUGAGCAAAUACAGUCUCUCUCUGUGCACGACUCUCAGGGCCAACCCAAUGCUAGUGAAGACUACAGAGAAGGUUCCUGUGCCGUGAACCUCGUUUUAAGAUUGAGAAACUCCAGAAAGGAACUCAAUGAUAUACGAUUUGAAUUUACUCCAGGAAGAGAUACGGCAGAUGGUGUAUCUCAGGAGCUCUUCUCUGCUGGCUUGGUUGAUGGUCAUGAUGUAGUUAUAGUGGCUGCUAACUUACAGAAGAUUGUAGAUGAUCCCAAAGCUUUAAAAACAUUGACAUUUAAGUUGGCUUCUGGCUGUGAUGGGUCAGAGAUUCCUGAUGAAGUGAAGCUGAUUGGGUUUGCUCAGUUGAGUGUCAGCUGAUGUAUGUCUCUUGAUGUCACCCUGAUCUGUCAUGCCCCCCAACUUCCCUCUCCCUGCCUACUUCCUCCCACCCCCCUCACUCCCAGAUCCCAGCAAAAUCAGAAGAUUGUGAAGAGUCUGGCUUCAAUGAAAUGGGAUAAAAAAUAAUUUUUUAAACUUAUAACACUCCGAGUUCUGCUUUAUUCUCUAGCAAUUCACAGUACGAGAACAAGCAAACACCACAGCUGCACGACUGUUGCUAAUUUUUCCAAAAGCUAUUUAAUAUUCUUAGCAAUCAAUUUGGAUAUCCCUUAAGUGAAAAGAAUCUGAAAUACACUCAGGUGGUCCUAUUUAUUGGCAACAAAAGGAAUUUUCUAUCAGAAGCCUAUUUCUUCUUUCAUUGUUAUUUCUGUUAUAAUACUUUAAUUGUACAUCUGACAAUACUGCCUCUUUUAUGUUGUAUUUAGAAAUUAAUAUACUUAUAAAAUUAAGAUUUAUUAGCCAAACUUGAAUUCUAGUUUUAAAACUGUGAAUUUUAUUUUCAUAUAUUUAUGCAUUAUACACCUUAGCUAUAAGAAAAAAAAGUUUUUGAUUAUAUGCUUCUUGCAGUUACUCUCUUAUUAUUUAAACAAAAGGUUUCAGGUCUAUCUUUGGAGUAUUUGUAACUUCUAAUUUUGAAAUGACUGAAUUUGGAACUUGGAUGCUUAUUCUCUUGGUUUGUUUGCCUAAAAACCAAUCCACAAUCUGAUUGUCUCCUGGGAGAGGGAGGUGCCUUGCAAACUUUCAUAUUAAGAAUGUGCCUGAGGCUGCUUUACUCUGGAAUAGUCUCAGAUCUAAAAUUUCCUCUAUAUAAAGUGGCAUAUGUAAGUUUUGCUUCACUGGAACGUUUAGGAUGCUAUAUAAAAUGUUGACAUUCUGUUAGAUUGCUAAUUAUAUAUCCAUCUCUGAUUUGGCUCUCCUUAAGUGAUAGGAUUUGUUAUUCUAAAGGUGAUAAACUUGAAAAUAUGAGAAUCUGAGUUUUACUUGAAAUUCUGCAGAAUACCCAAAUGGAGUGAAAAUAAUAGAAAGGGUUUUGUGCAAUGACUAAAAGGUAAAACGCUGUUAAGUUCCAAGAAUAAAUACUUUCAACCUAAGUAGCCCUCUGCUUGACUAUAUAUGGAACUAGCAAACCUUAGGAUUUUCAAAAUUGGAGUCUAAGCUUUCAGGGAGGUGGGCUCCCGGGAUGGUACCAUUGCUCUUUCCUAGCUAACCCUAGAUACGGCAGCUCUUUAAUGUACUUUAAAAAGCAAAUAUAUAUUACUAAGGAAAAAAGUUAUUUAUAAUUGCCUUGUCAUAAUUGUUAAGGUGUCCUAGAGCCAUUUGCAUACAAUUUAAUGUAAUUUCAUUCCAUUCUAUUGUUUACACAACGAUUACUCAAAGAUGACUGCAAAGGUAAAAGGAAAAUAAAAGUAUUGCACAAUGA